AUGGUCGCUCGUAACCCUGCCCUACCCGGCUGCAUCGCCGUAGAGGGCGUCAUACCCGUCAUCACCGAGUACGUCAACGAGACGGCUCGUCAGUUGGCUUACGCUCCAACUACGAUUCACAACGCCAUGCAUCUGUACCCUACAACACGCAAUCACCGAGAUACGCUGACGCCUGACGCAACGUCUACGCCCGGAAAUGGUACCGCGGGGGACGCGGAUGGGCCUUGGAUACCACAGAGCCCUGCGGCGUGGGUGGGCAGGACGGCGAGAAGAUCUGGACUUGCAAGCGACUUGAGGCAGGACUGCGUUUUGGCCUCUCGGGCGGCAGCUUUCCCGCACCCGGCGCAGAUAUACAGUUGGGCGUGCAGAUGCAUACUACUGGCGUUUGACUUCAGCAAAGCCGUUGGCAACGACAACAGCGAGAAAACGGGAACCGACCGCCCCGUCAUAUCGCCAUCGAUACUCGCCAAGAGCAGCGAGUACGCCCUCACCAUCGCGCUGUUCGCGGCAUUGUGGUUUCACUACGCGGACCGGCCUUCCUCGGAGCCCAUCACGGCAGCCUGGUGCUCGUGGCACAACGACCGCGUCCCCGGCGCGAGGGAGCCGCCCAUCCCGCUGCCCCCCUGGGUAGGAGCCAGGCGCCCGCUCUACGUCGCCAACACCAAGCUCGGCGUCGCCGCCACCGUGGCCACCUUUGCGACCCGCGCCCUCAAGAACCUCAAGCCCACGGGCUACCGGGCCAGCUUCGCCGAGUUCUACUCGGUCAACGCCCUGCGAUCCGGCGUCGCCUUCGUGACGCACGACGGGGGCGUCGUGACGGACAUUGUCGUCGUCCUGCAGACGGCCGCGCAGGUCGCAAACAUGGUGUACGACGCCGAGACGGGGGACCAGCGCGGCUGCAGCAUAUUCACCGACGGCGAGCGCGGCAAGGCCCUGGCGGCGCGGUUCCUGGCCGCCGCGCGCUGGCACGUCCUCUGCGCGCCGACGGCCACCGGCUUGGCCAUCAUGGCGUCGGGCCUCUACUCGUACGCCUCGCAGCGCCACGGCGCCGCGUACUGGGCGCGCGUCCGUCCGAAGCUCCUGCGGGCCAAGGAGCGCGGCAGGACGCCCUCUGCGCUGUUCCACCCGCCCGUCUGCACGCCGAGCUUCUGGUACGACGGCGCGCAACACGACGCGCCGCCGCCGCCGCUGCGGGAGGAGCGUUGCGCCCAUGCCCCGCCGCCAGCGUUUGAGUCUCCGCUCACGGACUUCAUCGAUGUGUUGAACGCCAUUACGGAGUAUCGGACGUAUGACGAGUGGCGUGCGCGGGUGGACGCGGCCGUGGAAGGCGUCGUGCUGUGGCUGGGGGGGAUGGAGAGGAAUGGCCUGAACGACCAGAUGCUUGCGGCUGCGGCGGGGGCGGCUUCGCGCUUCAUUGACCUGACGUCCAGCGUGCUCAUCGCCGUGCUGGACGACUGA